GGUGACAACAUGCUCCUCGGCUGUGAGUCGAGUCGUCCGCGGUUGUAGCUUUGGUUUGAUGAAGUCGUUCUGUAAAGUCGCUGUUGAAUUAAUCAAAUCCAGAGGAGCUCACAGUUCGACCGCAACUCAUCGACUCGGAGCGGAGAUGUGUAAAGAGCUGAAGACCCAAGUGCUGCGUUUACUGCCGCCGACCUCCAACGGGCCGGCUGUUCAUCAGGAGGGCCAAACAGAUGGUGCUGAAAUCCUGAAUUGCACGGUGAAGGCCCUGAAGGAGGGCCAUGUUGUUGCUGUGCCCACAGACACCAUCUACGGCCUGGCAUGCCUGGCCCAAAACUCUGAAGCCAUCAGAAAAACCUAUGGCAUCAAAGGGCGAAAUGGACACAAACCACUGGCCAUCUGUGUGGGAGAAAUACAGGAUAUCUAUAAGUACUGUAAGGUGAAGGUGAAGAAAGAGCUGUUAGACGAUCUGCUGCCUGGUCCAGUCACUCUGGUGUUUGAAAGGUCUGAAGAACUGAACACAGAUCUCAACCCCUUUACCUCACUUGUAGGUGUGCGGAUCCCAGACCAUGCCUUUAUGAGGCGCCUUUGCCAGAUGUGUGGGGAGCCACUGGCACUUACCAGUGCCAACAUCAGCGCACAAACCAGCACUGUUGAAGUACAUGAGUUCCAGGAGCUGUGGCCCAAACUAGCAGUGGUGGUAGAUGGCGGACCAAUAGGAGACCAGAGCCGCCUUGGAUCAACAGUGGUCGACUUAUCAGUUCUCGGCAAAUACCACAUCAUCAGGCCUGGCUGUGCCCUUUCUUCUACGGUUGAUGUGCUGGAGCGCAAAUAUGGACUGUCAGAGGACUCCGAAAAAUGACCUUUGAACUCUCCACACUCCGCAUGGCACGCUGAGACGCACAACCAGCUUUGACCUUGGGGCUUCUUCAGAAAAGAGGAAUCCUUUUCAUGUUCACAUAGAAGAAUUUGUGUUUCCCAAGAAAGACUAACGCUCAGGAACAACUCAAGUCUUAAAAUACUGAUAUUGUUCUGGUGGCUGCUUUAAGCUCUGGGGUUACUUUUUCUUUUGAUGACCAUAUUUUCUGCCUUACCAUAUGUCUACUAUCAUGAGAUUGCUUUUGCUUAUUCAGAAAAACAGAGCAAGGUCAGGAAUAUUAUGGGAUAUUUUUUACGUAAACGUAAGACAUAUUUUUUUGUAUUGUCAGAGCAAUGUGGCUUAACUAAGAAUACAAUGGUUUGAGUUAGUAUUUUAACUUAUUAUUCUGAUGGUUAGAGGUGUUAGACAUGCAGAGAUGUCAAAGAUUCAAUUUACAGCCUGAAUUAAUCUUUGUGAUGGGAGUUCUGUGAAUUGCAUGGUCUAUGCAUCAGAUUUUUAUGAGUCCAGAACUUUUUUAUUGAAAUAAAUCCAGGAGAUUCAUAAUUUGGCAGUUAAACUGUGUGAGGCUUAUACUACAACUGGUAGUGUAAUACUUCAGAGUCAGUUGGAUCAAGUGGAUGCGUGAUAUAUAUUAAUCUACCCACUUGUGUGUUAAAUAUAAGCCUUCUUUUUAAUGCACACCCCCUGAUGUAAACUUGUAUUGAUGGAAUGUACAGUGUUUGCAAAACCAAAAAAAUAUUUU